CUCCUCCAGUUAUUUUGUUCUAACGUAGUGGACCGAUUCUCCCUUCCUCUCUCUCUCUAUAUAUAUAUUUAUACAUAUAUAUAUAUUAUAUGUCUAUGUAACUACAAACGAAGGUUAUUAGUUGAAUAAGGCAUCAUAUACAGAGAGGGGAAUGAAAAUUAGCAGUAUUAUUGAAAAGAUUCAAGUAUGACAAUGAGCAAGAAUAAUAAUUAUGCUAUACUAUUCUUGCUAAUGGUGAGUUGUUCAACAUGGAUGCUGGUAUGCAUGGCCCAAAACGACACGAUUCCGGUGAGAGUUGGUGUCGUUUUGGACCUUGAAACUCUGCAGGCUAAGAUUUGGUUAAGCUGCAUCGAAUUGGCACUCUCAGACUUGUAUGCCUCCCAUGCCCACUUCAAGACUAGAUUGGUUCUCAAUAUCAGAGACUCCAACAAAGAUAUCGUCUCUGCAGCCUCCGCAGAUGAAUCGCUCUGACUAUAGGGGAGGUGACAACCAUACGGACUCCGAAUCAUCCGCCCCGCAAACAAUCGAGACUCCCUUGAAUAGCGAUUCCUCACCAGGCUCGUCUACCGGUUACACUCCAGAGGAUCGUCUUCACCGCUUCAAACAGAUCCUCCCUCGCUCAGCUUUAUAUCUUCUCCACGAGGAACAGUUUCUUCGACAAGCCUCUGAGUCGACGAUGAGGGUGAAGCAAUCUAACAGGCUCCCUCAGGAACACGACCCGCAGGUUGCCCGCAGAGCAGUACAGAAGGUGGUACAGCGUAAUCAAACCCGCACUACCACAGCUCCAAGAAAGCCUUCUCUGAAAUUUGCUACCGCGAUUCAGGAUUUGGCUGUCCAGAAGCCACGUGAUGAGGGAGAAGAAGAACCCUCCUGGUUCGUUGCCGAAACCUCAAAACUUACUCCCGCGCUAUUCCAGAAACACAUUGAAGCUUUAGGCUUAAGCGGGGCAAACGUGACGUGCCCAGGCUCGCACCAAAGAGCCAAUAGGCCCGGUGGAAGGUACUGUGCCUGGUCCAGGCACCAUGUGCAUGCUGGAGCAACACUCCCGCUGCACAUGUAUUUCCGGUCUGUAGCAGACUACUUCAACGUCUCCCCAUUUCAGAUCACACCGAAUGGGAUCCAGGCACUCUCUGCGCUGUACAUCCUUUACUUUCUGAAUGGUUGGGACGAGCCUACCCCCCAUGAGGUGCAUUACCUGUUUGAUCUUCGGACCAAUCCUUCCCACAACAACUCAGGCUUCUUCCACUUCUAUCACAGGCACAGGGGGAUUACAUAUCUCAACGGCAUCUCCCACAAAUCAAACGCCGGGAAGUAUCAUAAGGAAUACUUCCUCACAUUGGAUAUUGAGGCCAACAACUUGGCUUUUACGCGCUCGGGUCCAUUUGAGCGACCAUUGCCUACUGAAGAGAUGUUUAGGCGGGCCAAAAAGUUGGCUAACAUGAGUCUUAAGGAGAAGGAUGUGAAAAGGUUGGUCACACUGGACCUUCUCCAGAUGGUGGGUUUGGUGCCAUGUGACCAGGAUCUGGCGGUGGACAGUACUACCGGGGAGAACGAUACUCCUGAUCGGUCUACUGGGGGCCUGGAGCUAGUGACUGGUCGGCCCUCUCCCGGGCCUUCUCCGCUUUCUCACAGAUCUGGCGACCUAGUCAUUAGAGAGCCUGAUCCUCAGCGUAGAUCUACUAUUCCCGCUCAACCUGGGAAAGGAAAAGCUAUCCAGGUUGAAGGGGAACUUAGCUCAUCCUCGGAUGACGAGGAUGAGUUCCUUGAACAGAUCUUCAACGCAGAUUCAGACAUGUUCAGAGAAGUUGCUUCAAAGAGGAAAACUGGUGAUGGAAGUGGCUCUAUGCCUCCACAGAAGAUUCAGAAGGUAGUACCGCCAAGUCAAGGGAGGCAACCUGGGGGACCGACUACACUUCCGCCAUUGACCCCCUCUUCCCUUCCUCCUUCUGCGAGCCUAACUCCUACUCACCAGGGUAGUUCGAGUGAGAUUUUUCGUGCUGUUAGCGACCUGGGCAAGGGGCUUCUUGAGGAUAUUGGCCGUGAUGCAUCGACGCUUCAAAGCCUAGACUCCUACCCUCGACUUAGUGUCGAAGUUGUCUUGAAGAGAGGACUCACUCAAUUGAUGAAGUCACUUGUCACCAUUGGUCAUGCUCAGCUUCGAGCCGUAGAUUACAAGGAGUUGAUCAAGGUGCAGGACGAUCAACUGGUGGAGGCCAGGUCCAAGCUGGAGCAAGCAGAGAGAACUAUAGCUGAACGGGACGAGUCUCUCAAAAAGCAGGCUCAAAACAAUGCUUCCUUGACAACUCAAUUGGAGAAGCAAUCCCUCGAUAUUAAAGAGUUAGUUCGAGACAAUGAGAGGUUGAUCAGCGAGAACGAAGAGCUGAAGCAAGAAAAAGAGCUUGACUUGAUUCGCUUUGAGGAGGCCAGUUUUGACUGUUUUUAUAGGGUCUGGAAGUUGAACAAGCCUCUUAAUCUUGAUUGUUUCUCCAAGGAGGCCCAGGCAGAGGAUCUUGCCAGAUGUGAAGCAAGGGCCGCUGAAGAAGCUGCCAAUCCUCCUGCGUUCACCCCUGCCUGCUCUGCUUUAUCAUUCCGAGCGAGAGGAGCAGCUGAUGCAGAGGAGGGAGUCGAUCAACCCUCUAGAGGAGCUCGCCUGUGACUCCCUCUCGUGGUUCAUCACAGUCUACUUUACUUUGUAUUUUGUUGCUCGAACUAGUGAGCUAUUUUGACAUUUAAUACUUUACUCUUUCCUUGUUGACAACUUCAAACUUUUAAGUUUUUAUUGUGCAUAGCAAAGUUUUUAGAUGCCUUUAGUUUCA